AUGGCGGGGGCCAGCGCCGUGUCACCUCUUGUGUGCGCUUUCCAAAGAGGAGCCCGGGCGUGGCGAAUGGGACACAGACCGCCAUUGUGCCGGCGACACUUUAAUCGCCCACACCUACAAUAUUCAACCUGUUGCCGGCACAGGGGCAGCCCCGGGGCGCACACCCCACCCGAGGGGCUCGGGGGGAGGACGGGGACGGGUCGGUGGGCUUCGCCGCCGUCUCACGAGGGUAAGGCUUUGGGGGGAGCACCUUCGGUUGGGUGGCCUGGGCUCUGCGAGCCCGACUGGCAAAUGGUGCCCACCAAGCAGCUGCGCCACCAAAACGGGUGCCCCGAGCCGGGGAGACCCGUCUUGCUGGGAGAGGUAGGAGAGAAACGCCUGCAUGGCCAUCCCAGCAGGCUGUGGCAGGGCACGGAGGGACCUGCGGAGACACCAGGCUUUUGUUUCGCAAAGCAGCUUUUGCUGGACGUUGCUUUCGCGCUGCCUUCCCGGCAAGACAUCGUCUCCUCGCGCUCUCACUGGGAUGCAGGUGUACACAGGCCUGCAGCAAAAAUAAUUUCUAGUGGCAUGGAUGCAGCAGCCAUGCAGAAGCAAGAGCUCACUGUAGUAGCUUCUAGACAAGGUUUGCCAUCCCAGGGUGCAGGUCGGCCACCAGGUGGGCAGGAAUCCUCCUUCCCUCCUCUUGCUGGAGGCCUGGGCAGGUUGCGGUUGGGAUUCAGCAAGGAUUACCUGACCUCAGCUCCUGCUCAUCUCCACACUUUGGCCCACGGUCCUCGCAUUGAGCAGCUCGAAACAGGGAAGCGCAGGCUUAACCCCGGGGAGGAGGGUGCGGCGGGGCCCCUCGCAAAGCAGCCUUGUACCGCCUGGACCGGGCGGCGGUGGCGGGAGGGGCGGCUGCUCGGAAGGAAAGUUAGGAUGCGUGCACGGAGUUAUCAUCGCCCUCCCCACCACCUUUGGGGAGCUAUUGUUGGCCGAACAAAAGAACUUGCCGGCGGCGGAUCGGGACCCUGCCGAAAACGUGGCAGCUCCGGGUGCACCGCCCGCCUGCUGUCCCGGCCGCACGCCCCGCCGUUUCUCACCCACCGCCUCCCGCGCGAGCCUCCCGCGUGUCCCCGCGGGGCUAACGCCGCUAGACGGCGGCGGAUGCACGGGCUGAACCACGCCUUCGACCAGCUGCGCAACGUCAUCCCCUCCUUCAACAACGACAAGAAGCUCUCCAAGUACGAGACGCUGCAGAUGGCGCAGAUCUACAUCAGCGCCCUGGCCGAGCUGCUGCACAGCCCCGCCGCCCCCCCCGACGCCCCCGGCAAGCCGGGGCCGCCGAGAGCCUCGCCCCCCGGGCACGGCAGGACUCGCUUCCCCCCGCCGCCGCCGGCCGCGGGGGGCUACUCGGUGCAGCUCGACCCGCUGCACUUCCCCGCCUUUGCGGAGGGCGCCCUGAUGGGACAGAGAGCCCCUUCCCCCGCCCUCCUCAUGCCGCAGCCCGGGCAGCCGCCGCAGGAGAGGAGCAAAACGUCGCCCCGGUCCCACAGGAGCGACGGGGAGUUCUCGCCCCGCUCCCACUACAGCGACUCCGACGAGGCCAGCUAG